CAUUAGCAUGUGUGACAUCACGCGCCCGGAAUACAUAAGAGAGCCCUCCAACCAAGGCUCUGGACCACUCUGUCUCGGGACUUUGGCCUCUUUUUUGCUUUCCUUCUCCUGCAUCUCCAGCUCUCCAACAUGACUGAGUUCACAGCGGAUCAAAUUGAGGACUUCAAGGAGGCCUUCGGUCUCUUCGACAGAAUUGGUGACAACCAGGUGGCCUACAACCAGGUGCCCGACAUCAUGCGCGCUCUGGGCCAGAACCCUACCAACAAGGACGUCGCCAAGAUCUUGGGCAACCCCUCCGCAGAAGAAAUGGCCAACAAGAGGAUCAACUUCGACGCCUUCCUGCCCAUGCUGAAACAGGCGGACGCUCUGCCCAAGGGCACCUACGACGACUACGUUGAGGGUCUGCGCGUCUUCGACAAGGAGGGCAACGGCACCGUCAUGGGUGCUGAGCUGCGCAUCGUCCUGUCCACCCUGGGAGAGAAGAUGAACGAAACCGAGAUCGAUGCCCUCAUGGCCGGCCAGGAGGAUGAGAACGGCAGUGUGCACUAUGAGGCUUUCGUCAAGCACAUCAUGUCUGUGUAAAGAGCGCGCAGCAGGAGCGUGUUCAGGACAUCGCACAAGACCAACAAGAAAAGACAAGGACUUUGUUCAAGGGAUGUCGAAGAGAAGCCCACUUGUUUUGUUUUUCUUUACCGUUUCGACCCUCCUCUCUCGGGACAUCCCCUUUCCAUUGUAGACCACAUCAUUCGCAUCCCACCGGGGGCGCGUCUCCACUCGCCGCAUGAGGUGAGGAAACGGGGGAGAAGGGGUGACCGCUCAUCAAGUGAGGGUCCAUCCCUCCCUUCUCACCGCCACCUCAUUCAGUCCAACCAUCACUGGCCCAGUAGUGCUAAAGGUCCUGGGGAAAAGCAGUGGAGUGAGCGCCAAAGUCUCCCACCUCCCUGAAGGCCGUUAUUUAUUUUUAUUCUGUUCACUGCAGAAUAAAUUUUUCCAAAGUACAUCCCA